UGAUGGUAUUAACAAUUGGCAAUAGUUAUCCAUUGGAGUAGAAAACGAAGUGAGGAAUAGUUACAAAAGGGGUGACUAUAAUAUAUCCCCCCUCAAAUAAAUUUCUUCUCUCUACAUCCAAAAUAACAUAGGAAACAGCUUCAAUUUCUGCGUUAGUUUGUGUAGAAAUUGGAAUUGAAAGUAAAAAAGAAAAGCAGAAGUUAUCAGAAAUUGAGUGAAAAAAGCAAUGGUGCCAGAAGUUGGCGGAGAGGGUGAAUUGUUAGCGCACUAGACAGGCGAUGAGGGUUGUGAGUGAGGUGUGUGUGUGUGUGUGUGUGUGUGUGGCUUGGCAGGUCGUACGGUCAGCCUGGCUCUAGCCGUGUGCAUGGUCCACCUGCGAAAGACCCAGCACCUGUCGCCGCACGCGCACCAGCUAUCUUAUCCACUGGCUAGAGGGCUGAGGCAGAUAGAUAAUGGGGUGUAUAGCCUGCGCCCUGCCUGUUCCCCUGCCUUCAAUUCUCCACAGUCAGCAUUUAAACUUCGUCCAAGGAACACAGUGUAUAAAUAUGUAAAGAACGAGAAUUUACUUUUUUACACUUCCCACGUCACAGAUGACACUCUUUCUUUUUGAAAUAUACUGACCCGAUUCACUUUAAACCGCAGAAUGACUCUUUUAUAAAAUCUGUUACUUUGUUGCUUGUUUAAAAAAUUGUUAGUUACAUAAUGUUCAUGUGAAUUACUGAAAGUGCUUUACCAAGUGGUUCCAUUCGGAGAAAUGGAAUGUGAGGGUAAUGAUUUGAGACGACUGUAAAGGAAGUGGUGAUGAAAGAGCAGGUCAAAAAUGAAGAUGAACGUGCCUGAUUUUGAGGAACCAAUGUCAACGUCCACUGUGACAAUGGAAGUUAUGGAGACGGAUAAUUAUGGCGUCGAGGCUGAAUUAACCAGCUUAUCUUGGCUACAGUCUCUCGACAUCACAAGUGCAUCGAGUCUACCAACUCCACCAUGUUCGCCGUCACCACCCCCGGUUCCUCGUCAACCGGCCAAGAAGAUGUCCCCUUUGCUCAAAGCUGAAUUAGAUCUAGUCGAGAAUGCUGAUAGAUAUCGCACAGAUUGGAAUGCAAAACCUCCUUUUUCAUACGCUACUCUUAUAUGCCUUGCCAUGCGAGCGAACAACAAUAAACUCACUUUGUCAAAUAUUUAUGCCUGGAUUCGUGAAAAUUUCUUGUAUUACAAGCACGCCGAUCCAGCCUGGCAGAAUUCCAUUAGGCACAACUUGUCACUCAACAAGUGCUUCGUGAAAUUGCCUCGUUCAAAAGACGAGCCGGGAAAAGGUGGCUUUUGGAAAUUAGAUCUUGGCCGCAUUGAAGAGGGAAAACGAACAAGGCGACGAAAUGCAACGACACGAAGCAAUCGGCGUUCUAAAAAAGUGCCACAAACCACUGAAGUGACUACUCAGUUAACGGUGACAACAGGACUGUAUGAAACUCCGCCAAAUAGUGUCUCACCUCCUAUUCCAGACAGCCUAUCAGAAGUGCCUGAAUCAACUCAGGUCAGUCUCACGGAAGAAGAUUUAACCGGACUUUUAAUUUCCACGGUUGGUUGGGACGAAAAUCAAUUAGAACUCCUCGACUCAUUACUGGAUUCCCUCUAAAUAUAAUAAUCAAUCCUUUAUAUUCCUUUCGACGAUUCUUUUCCGCAAUAAUCAUUCAAACAUAUUUUGGGUCAUUUAUACAUAUUUUCCUAUUAUGCAUGAUAUAUACUAUAUAGAGAAAAAGAUUCAUAUAUAAAUAGUGAGUGAAAUAAUAAUAAUAAUAAUCAAUGAGAUUUCUGUUUCAUUAAAUAAAAACGUGGAAAUGAAAAUCAAGUCUUGCAAUACUGUUUUAAAGAGAAGAUCUAAAUUUGAAGGGACAUUGAUUCACGCAAAAGUGAACAAACUGAACAAACUGAACAAAAUGAGCAAAGUCAAUGAAUCAGAAAAAUCUUAACAGAAUUGUGCCACUGAUAAUAAAAAUUAAUAAGAUUACGACUUCUGAUGAUUGCAAACAAAGGAUUUUCACCUUCUUAAAGUGCUAUUACAUUUCAUUUCUAUUUAAAAUAUAUCUUGAAGAUUGAUGAUCCUAAUGUUCUGAACAUUCAAAUGAACGAAUUUUAUUUAUUCUUUCAAAUUUCUGUAUCAUUUUGAUCCAAUUGAGAAUAAAUUUGAUACUUUUAGGAAAACUGUGAAUUUGUAAUACAAAUUAUGCGUCUAUAUGAAAACGCUUUUCUUAUAAACUUAU